CUAUCCAGACUCACUCCAGUGAAUUCACAGCAAUGGCGAUGGCAAUGGCAACGGCAACGGCCGUAACGGAUAGUAGUAGCAAAUGGAGUAUGGCAUCUCUAAGUUCAGCUCUUCCUUCACUCAAUUCCACUUCUUCUUCUUCUAUUCGAUUUUCCUCCUCCUCUUCUUCCCACCAGCGUCGUCUCACUCUCAGCCUCAACAAUCAACCACAACUCAUCCCAUCUUUAACCGGCCUCGCUUCCGCCAACCCUCUGCUCUCCCUUGGCUUCUCCGACUGCACUAGCUUUGGACAGUGUUUCUCCAUUGUGGAUAACGGUUGUCGAAUUUCUGCCAUGAGGCAUGGAAGGCGAGUUCCGAAGCUCAAUAGACCGCCGGACCAACGAAAGGCGCUUCUGCGUGGCCUCACAACUCAACUCCUUAAGUAUGGACGGAUCAAAACAACUAGAGCUAGGGCCAGUGCCAUGAGGAAGUAUAUUGAUAAAAUGAUUACACUGGCAAAAGAUGGUUCUCUUCAUAAGAGGAGGCAGGCUUUGGGGUUUAUUUAUGAGAAGCAGAUUGUUCAUGCCUUAUUUGCGGAGGUCCAAGACAGGUAUGGUGAACGUAAUGGUGGUUAUACUAGAAUUAUUAGAACGCUGAAUAGGCGAGGAGACAAUGCACCCAUGGCUUAUAUUGAGCUUGUCUAGAUUUUUAUUCUGUCAAACCUAAUAUAGGCUUUGUUGUAUCUCUGUACAAGCAAUUUUUCAUUUUUGAGACAGAUGAUGAUGCUGUGAUUCAUUUCUGAUAUGUCAGUAUUUUUAUUUUUCAUUGGGAUUUUAAAGCAUAGUUAAAACAUUUUCUUUUUCUGACUGCUA